CUGAUUGGUUCCUCUUCGCAACUCCAAAAUUGUCGCUGACCAAUGGGAAGGCGUCUUCCGUCAACACAGGCCGCCGUGAUCCUCGUUACCUCUGCUAGCCACUUGUUCGUAUUAGCUCAUGUGACCGCUCGAAAGGUUGCCGUUGAAAUAUAAACAUCCCUAAACCAGCAGACAUGCUGUCAAUGUUGAAUCAUCAGCCUCUCCGGUCUCAGGAUUGGGGUCUAUUCAGGCCCGGUGCCCCCGCUAGAGUGGACCUUAAGAUAACCCACCUGGAGUGGAGCCCCGAAGACACUCUGAUCUCCUUCCAGGGUCAGUCCUCCACCGUAUGCGAGCUGGACUACGUCAUCCUGCACCAGGAAAUCCAGUACACGGCCAAAACCAUAGCUGAGGUGGAGGUGGGCGAGUAUUGCCUGGUGGAAGAUGCCCAGGCGGCCGUCUGGUACCGAGGUAGGGUGCGGCGUCGCCAUGACGGCGAGUCGGAGGUGUUCCUCGUCGACCGCGGCGUCAUCUUGACCGUGGACGCGGCUCGCGUAUCGUCCUGUUCCGAGGAAUUCUUAAACCUGCCUCCCAAGACGGUGGGCGGAUUCCUCGCUAACGUGCUGCCGCUGGCCGACUCCUCCGACGUGUCGGGCUUCCUUUCCGGCCAGAUCGGGAAGAAGGUCACGGGCUACCACCAAGCCUUCUCGCCGAUAGGGAUCCUCCUGCUGGACGUGCCCGACGUCAACGACGAGCUGGUCCGGCGCGGCUUGGGAAGGCACGUGGACAAGGACACCUUCCGUCUGUUGUUCAAGUUGCUCUCCAAGUCGCGGAUCAAACAAAUCGACGGCGUCCUUCCCGACCUGCUCGCCGACGAGCGAAGCGAAUGUGCCUCGUCCGUCUACCAGGAAAUCCCGUCUUUGCGCGAGCCCAGGUUUAACCGCGGCGCUCGGGCGAACGUCAGGGUGACGGCCGGCGUUCACGCGGGCCUCUUUUACUGUCAGAUGUCGAGUCAGGAAUCCGAUCUUCGGGGCCUGUCGAAGACGUUGGCCGCGGUCAAUGAGCGCCAGAGCAAAUCUCUCCGGCAGAAGAACUUGGGUCCGCUCUGCUCGGUAAAAAGCAGAAGCGGGAAAUGGUACCGAGGCUUGGCAAAGUUCCUCCCGGAUAGCUCGCGGGUAAGAGUCUUGUUGGUGGAUUACGGAUUCUUCGAAUGGAUCAAAGUGGACGACGUCCACAGCUUGCCUCCCGAUUUGCACUCCGCGCCCGUCGCCGCGUUCCCGUGCUCGCUUUCUUCCCUGAAGGACGAGGAGGUCACCGCUCGGCAGUUGAGCUUCCUGGAGGCGGGCUUGCUCGGCGGGGUCUUGGACGUGAAGAUCGACGCUUUCGAUGUCGAGCGGCGCCUCUACUUGAUCACCAUAUUCGGCGCCGUGGAGAAACACGUCGCAGAAAAAGCGCGGCCCGUACGGGAACGAGACCAGCCGCGUUCCGCUCCGGAAGACCGAGUGAACCCCGUCUUCUGCGAGACCCUCAUCGGCCGGGAGAUGGUCAAAACCCUGAAAGAAGAGAAGCUGCGGCAGCACUCGGUGUUCGAGGGCUACCUCGAAUACGCCCAGGAUCCGGAAAACUUCUGGAUCCGAAGCCAAAGCCGAAAUGACGACUUCCAGAAAAUGAUGAGCCAAAUAUCCCGGCACUUUGCCGGCGCCAAGCCGGAAGACGACGUUUUGCCAGAGCCCGAGCCCGGGGCGCUCUGCUGCGCGUUGUACGAAAAAGACAUGCGCUUCUAUAGGGCGCGGGUCACGGACAAGCUGGAGCGCGGCGCCGAAGUUCUCUUCAUCGACUUCGGCAACCGGGAGAGAACUCCCGCCGCCUUGAUCAAGAAGAUCCCCGAGACAUUUGCCGACAUUCCCGCCUUCGCCUUGCCUUGUUCUCUAGUUAACGUGGUGCCCGCGGACGAAGUCUGGACAUCUUCCAAUUCCGACUUCUUCAGAGCGGCGCUGUCCGACAAAGCGCUGCUCGUCCGCGUCGUGCGGAUCGCCAAACGCAAGUGCCUGGUCGAUCUGUACGAGGCGGAAGGCGACCGCGGUUCCGACGUCGGCGAGCUCAUGGUGAAAGCCAAACAAGCCGAAUACUGGAACAGGGUUCCGCUCCGGCCCUUGGGGCAAAACGGGAGAGGCCAGAAGACGGAAAUAGAAAUUCCGCAAAAGGACAAAGGUGAAGAAGAGCGCUCCUCCGCUCCUCUGGGCUUCAAGACGCCGGAUAUCCGACCGAAUUGCGAGUUGGCGGUCCGGUGCUCCCGCGUCAACUCCCUGUCUGAUUUUUGGUGCCAGCUGUUGGACAAAGUGCCAGAUUUGGAGAAUUUGAUGAGCAAAAUUCAGCAUUAUUACAGGUGGCGUGCAGUCCCGCUCCGAGGCCAAGAAUUGUGUUGCGUCGCUAAGCCGCCUCAAGACAGCAGAUGGUACCGAGCCUCCAUCCGAGAGAAACGACAAGACCGCGUGGAGGUGCUCUUGGUGGACUACGGUAUCGGCGCUCAAGUAACCUUCGACCGAGUCCAGAGAAUAAUACCGGAACACCUGGAACCGGAAGCCCAAGCUUUCCGAUGCAGCCUCCUUCACCGGAUGGAACCGCUCGGAACCGCCGAGCAGCUGUGCGGCCGUCUCAGAGGUUUUGUGGCCGACGGCCCCCUCGACCUGAGGUGUAAAAUUGUGUCGCAGUCGCACGACGACGCCGGCGACGUGUUGAAUUUCGUGGAGCUCCACAACGCCCUGACCCGGCAGAGCUUCCUAGACCAGCUGCUGGAGCAAAGUCUAGUCAAAGAGAGGGAGUUUGUCUACUCGCCCUUUGACCUGGCGCCAAACGACGAGGUAGAAGUCUACGUGACUCACGUCAGUAACGAAUGGGACGUCUACUGUCAACUGAAGCGCAACGCCGACGCCGUCAAAGACCUGGAAACCGGCAUCUCCGAGCAAAUCGGGAAAAUGAAGCGAGCCUGCGCGGAAGACUCUCCGUCUAAACUGUGCUUGACAAAAUACUCGGACGGAAAUUGGUACAGGGCCCUGGUUCGUUCCGCUCCUUCCCCGCUGCACCUGGACGUCUUCUUCGUAGAUUACGGAAACGCCAUGAUUUGUGAGAAGUCGCGAGUCCUCUCCAUUCCCGGACACUGCCACCGUUUGUUGUCGGUGCCCGCGCAAGCGUCAAAAUUCCGCCUGGCUUCCGUGUCUGGGAAAGAUCUGGACGCGGAAGCCAAGAAAUGGUUGGAUAAAGCGGUCCUCGACAAAGAGCUCAGAGCAGUCAUCGUCGACGAGAAUCCCGACGGUUCCUUUGACGUCGUGCUCUUCGACGGAGAUCUGAACAUCAACCGGGAGCUCCGGGGGCUCAUUGGCAAAGUUUCGUCCGGACCCGGCUCCGCCGAAAAAGAAACUCCCGCUAAAGCCAAGGGGGGCCCGGUCGAGGUGAGACCGAAGCCGCAGAAACCUCCCCCGUCUUUGCCCGACAGGAAAGAGAAACGAGGCGAUUGUUGGCCGUGUUUUGUUUCCCACGUCGACUCGGCCGACCGAUUUUUCCUGCAGCGUUCGGACGACGAAGCCGCCCUCUUGAAAAUCAACCAAGAAAUCAACGCGACGGCCGAACGUUUCUUGAGACCCGUUUUCUGCGUGCGACUCCACCAAGUGGUGCUGGCGCGCUACGACCGAGACGCCGCUCUCUACCGCGCCGUCGUCACGGCUUACAAGAGAGAGUCCCGCUUGGCGGUCACCUUCGUGGACUACGGCAACACUGCCGUCGUCGAGAAGAAGAACCUUUACGCCCUGCCCCGGGCUUAUCUUUCUCAGCCGGCGUACGCCAUCCGGUGUCGGCUGGCGGACUCGGAUCGCUACCGAGACGGCGAUUUCGGCGACGCCGUCGCGGGGAAAAUGCUCGCCGUUCAGUUUGUCCGUAAGACGGAAACAUCCUGGGCGGUCGACCUGGAGAUACUCCGAGACCAAGAGGAAACGGAUGACCGUGUAAAACCUGCACAGAAAGUCAUAGCUGAGACCACGUUAACAAACUUGACCGCCAAGUCAUUCAAAAGCAAAACGAAGACAUCCAACAAGAUCAGGCACAGAAGGUGUAAGACUUACAAGAAAAAGUCAGUAUCUGUGGUCGGGAAGAAGCCGGACUCUGCCGGCACGCCGUCGAUCUCGCGGGGCGAGCGACCGCCGAGCCCGCCGCCUCCGGAAAGCCGUGAUAAGGAAGUUCUCGGAGAAGCGGGCUCCUCGCCGCCGUUAGUUUCGGCGCCCGUCUCUGUCAUUAAAGAGUACGCGCCUAUGGCCGCCGCCGUGACAUCAGAGUUCUCGCCGCUUCUCGACGACGCCGGCUCCUCGCCGCCCGUCUCUCUCGUCAAAGAGUACGCGGCUUCGGCCGCCUCCGUGACGUCGCCGUCGGAGUUCUCGCUGCUUCUCGAUGACACUCUGCCCCUCCGGCGCGCGCUAUUCUCCAUGUUGGAGGACCUCUCUCGGUCCGAGUUACCGCUUCUUCCCGAGCGUUUGCUCUCACCCGGGACCGUCUGCUUAUUCCGGUCGGAUCUGGACAGUUGGCGCCGCGCCAGAGUCGUACGCCUCGACUCGACCGGGGCGGUCCUCGACCUGGUCGACGACGGCUUCCGUAAAAAAAUUUCCCGCGGAGACUGCUCCGACUUGAGGAGAGUUCCGAAAGAUCUGCCGGAUCUUCCCGAUACCUCGCGCCCCUGUGUCCUGAACGGGGUGAAGCCCGCGAAAGACGGGCGCUGGAGCCCGGAAGCCGCCGUGUGCCUGCGGGAGGUUUUGAAGCGCGACCUCAAGGCGGUCUUCCGAGGUCUUCUGUCCGAAGGACGCUGGAGCGUCGACGUUCUAGCGGACGGCGUUCACGUCGCUAAAGAGCUGGUCGACGCCGGACACGCGGAGUACACGGACGCCGUUCUGGGCCUCAGAUUUCAGAUGCAGAGCUGCCGCCGGAUCGUCGCCGACGCAGAAGAACAACAGGAAAGGGCUCGCGGGGACUCGACGGUGGAGGCGGAGUCGGGAGAUGCGCGUUGUGUUGUUUUGUGAUGUGAGCAGCCAGGACCAGAACCAGAACCAGUACCAGGAGUGGAUGUUUGGAUGUCAAGAAGCUGGAAUUUGUUGUUUUCCCACUACCAUGUUAUUAAAGUGUCUGAGUUCAACCCUUUCAAUUGAUUUAUU